AGCGUUGUAUCUCGUUGUGGCGUUUUAGGAUCUUGUCGUCGUUCCUCGCUGCGGAUUCGCCAUCGGCACUAGGACCGCGCAGUUGGCAGGGGUAUCGCGGUGAAGCUCCGUGUCUUUGUUUCAGCCUGUAUCUGUCCCAUUUCAACUCGGCAUCUCCUGCAGUCUCACUCUCUCUGCCGCUCCAUCACGGUGUCGUACAGGUCUGGAUGAUUGCACCAGGAUGGCUCUGAACCUCAGUAAGAACAGACUGGCGAUUCUGACAGCGUACCAGGAUGUUAUCGACGAAACAUCGUCCACAGAUUGGGCUUUGUACGUGUAUGAGGACGACAGUGAUGACAUCACACUGGCAUCAACAGGAGGGGGAGGACUGGAGGAGAUUGCAGACACCUUUGACAGUGGGCACAUCAUGUACGGUUUCUGUAGCCUGAAGGAGCCAUCCACCAUCCUGCCCCACUACAUCCUCAUCAACUGGGUGGGAGAAGAUGUUCCUGAUGCCAGAAAGUGUACCUGCGCUAGUCAUGUGGCCACAAUUGCUGAAUUCUUCCAGGGGGUGGAUGUUGUGGUGAAUGCUAGCAGUGUGGAGGACAUCGACCCGGUGGCUAUUGGGCAGAGGCUGAGCAACGGGACAGUUCCAGUGGCCAGCCCUGUUCUGAGCCGACUGCGGACCCGAGAUGAGGAGGGGAUGGAGACUGUGGGCACCUGCUACCAGAAGACCAAUGCGGAGAUGGAGCUGAAGAAGCUUAACAGGGAGGAAUUCUGGGAAAAGGCCAAGCGCGAGGAGGAGAUGCGGAAGGAGGAGGAAAGGAGGAGGGCAGCCGAGGAGAGGCAGAGGUUCGAGGAGGAGCGAAUGGCACUGGAGCGGCAGGAGCAGGAGGAGAGGGAGAGGAGGUACCGCGAGAGGGAGCGACAGAUCGAGGAGCACAGGAGGAAGCUGCUGGCACAGGAGGAAGAGGAGGCUCAGGGGAGGCUGAAGGCCAAUGCAGAGGGGAACCGAGAAGGCGAUCCAGAGAAGAGGGAGUCAGAAGUGGAGGUGGGUCAAUCAGCUGCUGCAGCGGCAUUCAUCAUUGGCCAGAGGAGGAGUAAUCCACGGGACUUCUUCAGACAGAGAGAGAGAGCGAUGGCUUGCAGCUUCGACAGCUCCUCUGUCAACUUCCACAGGACAGGCCGGUUGGAAAGCCCCUUCUUGAAGUCGCAGCAAAGUCUUCCUGAGCCCAGCUGGCCCCCCUACCGACCCCCACAGGCAUACAGUGUGCCCCAUAUCAGACUGCACUCAGGUCUACCUGACGAUGAUUCUCGCGGGGAAUCGGAGUGUGGCCGGGGGACCAUCCUGUCGGCAACCAUCCCCAAAAUCGUCACCACGCCCAUCCCGGAGGAGAGCGAGGACAGCGCUCGGGAUGAGCAGGCCGCCGACCUGCAGGAGCCCCCCCAGAGUACGGCCCCCCAAUCCAGAGCCCCCCACCGUCCCGCCCCUGCAGGACCCUCCAAGCCCCAGGAGACGGACGAGCCUCUGGACCUAUGGGAGACGAUGGACGACGUGCGGCCCCACCCCCACGGCCGCCCGCAGCCGCUCCUCAGCUUCGACGAGUUCCCCGAGGGGCUGGCGGACGAGGAGGAGCCCUCCAGCCUGGUGGACGUCGGCGGGGCCCACCAGAUGACCCUCAGCUACCAGCAGGCCCUGCAGAGCGCCUCCGGGUCUGACAGCCAGGAGCUCGACGACGGAAACCUGCUCCUCACCAACGGGGACAGCCUGCUCAAAGAAGGAGCCCAGGCCAGUGAAGGCUACUUCAGCCAAUCACAGGAGGAGGAGUUUGCCCAAUCAGAAGAGUGCUCUUCAAAAGAGCCUCCAAUGCCAGUGCUGUACAACAAACCUCCAGAGAUUGACAUUACGUGCUGGGACACAGACCCAGUGAUGGAGGAAGACGAGUAUGGAGCAGAGGAAUGAAUGGGCAGACCUUCUGCCAAUCAAAAAUGUUACAAAAAUGUAAUAAUGUAAUAAUGUAAUAAUGUCUUGCAUACAAAAAAACCUAUAAAACAAUACAAAUAGUAAACUAUAUAGUAAAGCAGGUUAGUGUUAAAGAUGCCAGCUUAGCUCUUUUUGUCUUUGUAUCCUGUGCUGAGAGCCUUACAGACUUACUUACCCUGCAGACUGCUACAUGUUCCCACCAGACCUGGGCCAAAUAUGCAUUAGAAGUGCUUGGAUUUAUUAGCACCAGUAGAAUUAGAAAGCUAAUUAAAAUUCUUCUGAAAAAGAAUUUUGGAAAUAUUUUCAGAAUUUCUAGGAACGUUACAGGUCUUAACAGGUUGAAGUAUUUUCAAAUUUGCCCGGGUCCAGGUGUCAACAAGGGGCACGGAGCCCAUCCCAAAAAGCGGGAUAUUAACAAAAUCUGACAUGUCUUAAUGGCGCCCGGCACAUGGUCAGUAGCUGCUUUAGAGCUUUUGUCUGUCGUACUGGGGGACGGAGAGUCACCAAAUCUCCCCCUUCCCAACACCCAUUCUCAUUUACAGGUUUUGGACGCAGCAAUUAAUGAGAGAUGAUAUUCAUUUAAUAGCUGUCAGUAUCUAGUUCUGCAAUAAAUUAGAUUGUGUGUGUGCGUGUGCGUGCGUGCGUGUGUAUGAGAGGGUGUUUGGGGAGACGUUAGGUUUAUGUUGCGUUUAUGCAUGUGUCUAUUUGGAAAGAUUGAGUGUGUGCUAUUGAUUAUGGUCCUCAUAUAUCUUUGCAUACAGCAUUAGAAUUUCUGGCCAAAAAAAAUGUAGAUUAAAUUGGUUUUAAAAACAGAUUUGUAAAUGUAUUUUGUAAAAUAUACUAGGGCGACUAGUGUUUUCAAAAGGAACCAGAGAGAGAGAAAUACUUUGAUUAAAAAAAGAAUAAUAAUAACAAUACAUAGGUAUUUGUAUAGAUACAUGUUACCACUCUGAAAUCAGCAUGGGCUAUAUUUUGAUAGGUUUUAGGCUGAACAAUUGUUUUCAGCACUCCUGGCAGAAUGAAGGAACUUAACACAGUUUCCAUUUUGUAAUAAAAUACACUCGCUCACCAAGCUCCACACAUUAGUCCAAAUCAUAAUAAUAAAAACGUAAUAUCAUUGUUUUACUUCUUUUAUAAGGAGAAAUAUUUCCUGCAGUUUCAUGUCAGCACAAUGCAAAUUUCUUAAUGGAAAGGAACUUUGAAAUGAAGUCUGAAAUGCAAAUCCUCUGAUUGAGCUGGUUGGGUGGUGUAGGUUUUUGGGGGAAGGUCUCUCAUUAAAGGCACUUUAAUAUUUUCAAAUAUGGAGUGGAGCUGAGUAAGCAAUAAAAAAACAAUGCUUUGGUGUGAAUAACGAUGACAUAUUUAGUAGUAAUAAUAUUGCAGAUGUAAUUUGUAAUUGCUUCCUGGAUUUAUUGAGAGAGGUGUGGGGGGGGGGGUCAAUAAGCUCUCACAACCAAUGAGCUUCUUUAACAUUAACCUGUGACCCAACAUCAUUUAGAAUUUCUCUCUUUCACCUUUAAACCCCAUGGUGUUCAUUUCAUUCUUUUCCCCUGGAUACAACCCCCCUCCGAGAUUUCUGCUUUCUUCCUUUUUUUUUUUUUUAAUACUGCUCAUCUGUUUUCUGUCCAGUUUUCACAUGCUCGUUUCUGAAAAAGAAAGAAAAAAAGGACAAGCCUUUUUCUGUGACUCGGUAAGAUCGUUCUGUAAGAGCUGCUGUAUGUUAAUAAAGAAUUCUCAAACCUUCCAAA